CGAAAGUUCUUAUCGUCAUUUAGAAGGGUGGGCCCAGCUUUUUACCCUACUGCUGCACGUCUGCACGUAACCGCACCUGUUUUCGAGCGUUUUUGAAGGCUUGUCACAUUUUCAGCUAGCUGGAGAAGAAUGAGUCAGGGCAAUUGCUUGAGUGAUACGUACCGUGAUAACAUCAACCACUCACAUCUACUUGUAUUUUAAAUUUGUACUGGAGUGACUGACCUGUACUGUACAAUGUGGUUUGCCAGUCGGUCAGGCCUCCGUCACCACUGAAGCAGUGAAAGGCGCUGGGAGUGAGUGGAUGUCGCAUGUGUUGUUCGCACCUUCGCUCGCUGACCUCGGCGAGAUUCGAUUCGAGGCUUCUCACAACAGAUAGACUGGCCCCACAAUCCCCAGAAACCAUUCAACAAACACUGCAACAAAUCGAUUACAGCAGAAGCAAAACAUGUUCAACAAUAGCGCCAAGCAACAACUCUCCAUCCUUGGGAUGGAGAUUUACUUUGAUUCCUCCCUGGAAGAGACGGUGGCAGCCUGCUCCUUGUUUGAUGCUUCCGACGCCGAUAGUCUUUCGUUGGGACUCCGUAGCAGGAACGACGGUGACGAAGCGUCGAGCUUCAGCAGCGGCAGUGAAUCUUCUGACUCAUCGUUGUCGUCAUCGGAAGAAGAAGAGGAGGAGGAAGAAGAAGAAGAUGCUCCCAGUCGAACCAGCAUUUCCUUGGGGCGCUUGAAUCAAUUGUACGAUGAUGACGCAGAAGACGAGGAAGACGAGAGUGACAGGGAGGACGACGACGACUCGACAUUGGGAGGGAAAUUCGUGGUCGAUGAGGAAUACUCGUACCUGGCGUUGUCGCGCCUAGACUUGUCUGACAUGGCCGUCAAGCCAAAGAGAAAAUCACAACCAGACAAGAAGCAAUCAGACGAGAAGGCGCCUGUAUCGAAGCAACAAGAGCGUCGAGAACGACGAACCCGUCGAAGAAGCAAGGGAAGUCUUCAAAAAAAGUUGGCUAGCGAAGACGAAACCAAGCUGACAUUGAAGGGGUUGACCUUCAAUGGUGCCCUGGCGCAAACAGCCUGAGCACUGCCAACGAUGUUUUACUCAUCACUUUGCACAUAUUGUUAAUCGCUUUGCACAUUUUUGUUAAUAAUCAUUUCAUAAACUAGCUCACCUGAACAU